AUAUUCAUACGGUUAAAAUAAGAUCAUCAACCAAAAUAUGAUUCAAACGUUUUAAUUUCAUAAAAAAUUGUUUUGAAAAUUUUGUUUUGUUUGUGUGCAUUCAAUUAUCAAUAAUAUCGUUAUAUUUCUUGUGCCAUUUGCUAUUCAAAUAGUUAAUCAUUUCGUUGGUUGUUUGGUUGAUGAUUUUCAUUUUCAAGAGUUGUUAUAGCAUAUAUAUAGACAAUAAUGCCAAAGGCAUCUACAUCAAAAGCGACAACAGCGUCAAAGGCGCCAAAUAAAAAACCAGCCGUUAAACGAAAAGCGAAUGCAUACCAAAUGCCUGAGAGCAUUCCACUGGGAAUGGUUUUUACCGAUUUAUCGAAGCAACAAUGGAAAAUUGGACCGUCAAUUGGUGUCGGUGGUUUUGGUGAAAUUUAUUGUGCUUGCAAAGCCAAUGAAUCAACUAAAAAAUAUGAAGAUUAUCAAUAUGUUGUUAAAGUGGAACCACAUGGAAAUGGGCCACUCUUUGUUGAAAUGCAUUUCUAUAUGCGCAACGCAAAACCAGCAGACAUCGAAGCAUUCAAGAAGAAACGAAAUCUGAAAGCGCUCGGAAUGCCACAUUUUGUUGGACAUGGAUCACACGAUCUAAAUGAGAAGAAGCAUCGUUUCGUUGUUAUGCCACGAUUUGGUUCAGAUAUAUGGAGUUUGUUUUUGAAAAAUGAUCGAAAGAUGCCAUUGCACACUGUCUACCGAUUGGCCAUUCAAAUGAUCGAUGUGUAUGAAUACAUUCACGAUUGCACUUAUGUCCAUGCGGACUUGAAGGCCACAAAUAUGCUGCUUGGUUUGGGAAAGAAUGGUGGCCAUCAAGCAUAUUUAGUUGAUUUUGGUUUGGCAUCACAUUUCACAACUAAAGAUUUUAAACCGGAUCCGAAGAAAAUGCACAACGGAACAAUCGAAUAUACAUCACGCGAUGCCCAUCAGGGUGUUCCAACGAUGCGUGGCGAUUUCGAAAUUCUGGCCUACAAUGUGAUUCAAUGGGCAGGCGGUGAAUUACCAUGGGAAAAGAAUAAAUUACUUGGAACACCAAUUAAAGUGCAACAGGCAAAAGAAGAGUUGAUGUCAAACAUUGAAACACGACUUAAAAGUUGUUUUGCCAGCCAACAAUGCACAGAACCAAUCACUGUCUAUUUGAAAUACGUUUCAAAACUGAAAUAUGAUGAAAAACCAGACUAUGAAAAGUGUCGCAAAAUUUUCGUCGACGGCCUAAAAACGCUCGGUAAAACCAAUACUGGUGAUUUGGAAUUCAAGACAUCAUCAUCGUCAGCAGCAUCUAAAAGAGCAUCAGCAGCUGCGGCCAGUCCUGUUAAGGAAUCACGACCAAAAGUUGGUCGACCGUCCGGAAAAUCGGCUGCCAAAGCAUUAGAUAAUGCCGAAAAUAUAUCACCAAAAGGAAAAAAUUCACGUAAACGUGAUGUAGUUAUUGACUCAAGCGAGGAUUCACCAUCGCCAUCGAAAAAAGUACGUACCAACACAAAGUUGGUCGACAAAGGCAAAGUAUCAACACAAGUUCGAUCCACAAAAGCGUCAUCGGGUCGAACAACAACCACUACAAAUUCAUCAGUCGUUGUAAACAAUCAUGUCAACAAAGAGAAAGGUACAACUAAUAAGACGUACAACAUAAAUUUGGAUUUAGAUAUCAGUUUUGAUGCGAAUGUUGUAGUCAGCGUAAAACGGAAGAAGAAUAAACCACCAAAACCGGAACCAGUGGACAGUCCAAAUCAAAGCUUUCAAUCAACCGACGAAAUUCCACCGAGUGACAAAAGUUUCAUGGUUCAAACGACAAAAGUAUACAAACGUGCACCACGCACAAGUCCACGAACAAAAUAGCACACAUUAAAUACCAUAUUGAAACUCACAAUACAUUCAUUUAAGGUUGAUUUUAGUGCUUGUUUUUAUUGUUCAUUGGUUAAAAUAAAGAAGAAAAAAAAAAUUCGAAAUUCGAUUUGCUGUAUACAUGUUUAAUAAAG